ACAUAACUGACGUAACUGUCAUAGUUUAUUUUAUAACCUAUGAAGUCACUUUCAGAAUUUAGAAAAUAAAACAUUAUUUUUACCUUACCGCUUCACAGAAACAUAUAAAUAUAUUGAUAUUGAAAUAAUGAAGCCUUUAAUGCUGCAUGGACACGAACGUGCCAUAACACAAAUUAAAUACAAUCGAGAAGGAGAUUUAUUAUUCUCAUCAUCCAAGGAUAAUAAACCAAACGUAUGGUACUCGUUGAAUGGAGAAAGAUUAGGAACAUACAAUGGUCAUCAAGGGGCUGUGUGGUGCAUUGAUGUGGAUUGGACUACUACCAGACUGUUAUCGGGUGGAGGUGACAAUACUUUGAGAAUUUGGGAUUGUGAAACUGGAAAGGAGAUAGGAACAAUCGAAGCAAAAUCUUCAGUAAGAACUUGUUUAUUCAGUUAUUCUGGAAAUAUGGCUUUUUACUCGACAGAUAGAGCAAUGAGAAAUAAUUGUGAAAUUUUUGUGAUUGACACACGUACUGUAGAUAGUAGUAUAAGUGAGGCUGAUCCUAUUUUGAGAAUACCUAUGCCAUCAUCUGAAACAAGAAUAUCGUCAGCUCUUUGGGAUUUCUCUGAAGAUACUAUUAUAACUGGACAUGAAGAUGGCACAUUAUUCCAAUGGGACUUCAAAUCAGGAAAAAGUGUAAAGUCCAUUUGUGAACAUAGUAAUUUAAUAAAUGAUAUGCAGUGGAACAAAGAUGGUACAAUGUUCAUCACUGCAUCUAAGGAUAACACAGCCAAACUUUUUGAUGGAGUAGAUCUUAUUCAUUUGAAAACAUACAAAACUGAACGACCUGUAAAUUCAGCUGCAAUGAGUCCUAUUUUUGAUCAUGUAGUUGUAGGAGGAGGUCAAGAUGCCAUGGAUGUAACUACUACAUCUACUAGAGUAGGAAAAUUUGAUUCCAGAUUCUUCCAUAUGGUAUUUGAAGAAGAAUUUGGUCGUGUUAAGGGUCAUUUUGGACCCAUUAAUAGUGUUGCUUUUCACCCAGAUGGCAAAAGCUACAGUUCAGGAGGUGAAGAUGGUUAUGUCAGGGUACAUAACUUUGAUCCAUCAUAUUAUGAAUAUAAUUUUGACUAUUAAUAUUGAAGAUGUCUUCGUAAUAACAUAAUCAUAUGUUAUUGAAAUAUUUACAAAUAUAAUUUAUUACCUUGUA